AGCGUCUCACCAUGGUGACGGGCAGCUGUGGUCCUGGGGUGGCAAUGGCUGCCUGGUCUGUCCGCUCCGUAGCAACUGUGACCGUAUUCCUCUUAUUGGUAGUGCCUCGAGUCUCACAGACUCAGACCUUCUUUUUCCCUUUCCAGCAACCAGAGACAUGCGGUCACAACCAGUACUUCGAUAUCUCCGCGCUCUCCUGUGUGCCGUGUGGAGCUAACCAGAUGCAGGAUGCCCGAGGAACUUCAUGUGUGUGUCUACCAGGAUUUCAGAUGAUCUCUAAUAAUGGAGGACCUGAUAUUAUUUGUAAGAAGUGCCCAGAAAGCAUGAAAGGUGUUACUGAAGAUGGCUGGAACUGUAUUUCUUGCCCUGAUGGCUUAACUGCAGAAGGAAAAUGCCACUGUCCUACUGGCCAUAUCUUGGUGGAAAGAGAUGUUAAUGGAACAUUGUUGUCCCAAGCAACUUGUAAGCUCUGUGAUGACAGUGGGGACUCUUUUACGGUAGCAAAUGCUUUAGGAACCAGGUGUGUCCGAUGUGAACCAACAUUCAUUAAUACCAGCAAGUCCUGUGCAUGUUCAGAGCCUAACAUUUUAACAGGAGGAUUAUGUUUCAGCAGCACAGGGAAUUUUCCCCCACAUAUGAUUUCAACUGCACGUUAUGGAGAGCUUGGCAAGUCUUUCACUUCAGAAUGGUUUGCAAAGUAUUUGCAGUCAUCAGCAGCUGCUUGUUGGGUGUAUGCCAAUCUUACAUCUUGCCAAGCUCUUGGAAAUAUGUGUGUGAUGAACAUGAAUUCUUACCAUUUUGCCACUUUUGAUGCCUGUCAGCUAUUUCAGUUUAUCUUUGAAAAUACUGCUGGACUGCACACUGUUCAUUCCAUUUCAUUUUGGAGACAGAAUCUUCCAUGGCUGUUCUUUGGAGACCAGCUAGGAUUAGCACCUCAAGUACUCAGUAGUAUACCUCUUCCUACAAAUUUCAGUUUUAAAGGGGAAAACCAGAAUACAAAACUGAAGUUUGUUGCUGCCUCCUACGAUGUAAGAGGAAAUUUUCUCAAGUGGCAGACUUUAGAAGGAGGUGUUUUACAGCUUUGUCCAGACACAGAGACAAGACUAAAUGCUGCUUAUUCUUUUGGGACAACCUAUCAACAGAAUUGUGAGAUUCCUAUCUCUAAGAUCUUAACUGACUUCCCCACUCCUACAUUUUAUGAUGUGUACAUUGAAUAUACUGAUGAAAAUCAACACCAAUAUAUUUGGGCUGUGCCUGUGUUAAACUUAAAUCUUCAGCACAAUAAAAUAUUUGUGAACCAAGACAGCAACUCUGGCAAGUGGCUCCUGACUCGGCGUAUCUUCUUAGUGGAUGCACUAAGUGGACGAGAAAAUGACUUAGGAAGUCAGCCACGAUUAAUUCGAGUUGCUACCCAUAUCUCACUAAGUAUCCGCCUUGUACCCAACACAAAAAAUGGAAACAUCUACCCUCCCUUAAUUACCAUUGCCUACAGCGACAUUGAUGUCAGCGAUCCCAACAGCCAAUCUGUGAAGGUUUCUUUCUCAGUCGAAUAUGAAAUGGAUCAAAAAGAAGCACAUAUCCAGACAGAUAUUGCUUUGGGUGUAUUGGGUGGACUAGCUGUUUUGUCAUCUCUCUUGAAGACAGCAGGGUGGAAGAGACGCAUUGGAAGUCCCAUGAUUGAUUUACAGACCGUUAUGAAAUUCUUGUUUUACUAUGCUGGUGAUCUGGCCAAUGUUUUUUUUACCAUCACUUUGGGAACUGGUCUUUACUGGCUUAUCUUCUUCAAAGCACAGAUGUCUGUCUCUGUUUUGCUACCAACGCCGGCUCAAGAAAAACGUUUUGUUACUUACGUGGGAUGUGCUUUUGCUCUGAAGGCUCUGCAGUUUUUGCAUAAGCUCUUCUCCCAGAUCACCAUAGACAUAUUCUUCAUCGAUUGGGAGCGACCUAAAGGGAAGAUUCUUAAAGCCGUUGAAGGUGAGGGUGGUGUUCGGAGUGCUACUGUUCCCGUGAGCAUAUGGAGAACAUAUUUUGUAGCAAAUGAAUGGAAUGAAAUUCAGACUGUGAGAAAAAUUAACCCACUCUUUCAAGUACUUACCGUCCUCUUCCUUUUGGAGGUUGUGGGAUUCAAGAACUUAGCAUUAAUGGACUCAUCCUCUAGUCUUUCCAGAAGCCCAGCUAGCUACAUAGCUCCUUACAGCCGCAUUUUGAGAUAUGCAGUGUCUACUGUUAUUUGGCUAGUCAUUGGAAUUAUACAGAUCAUGUUCUUUGCUGUCUUUUAUGAGAGAUUUAUAGAAGAUAAAAUUCGACAGUUUGUUGAUUUAUGCUGUAUGAGUAAUAUAUCAGUGUUUCUGUUAUCCCACAAAUGUUUUGGUUAUUACAUUCAUGGUAGAUCAGUACACGGGCAUGCUGAUACUAAUAUGGAAGAAAUGAAUAUGAAUCUUAAAAGAGAAGCGGAAAAUUUGUGUAGCCAAAGAGGGUUGGUACCCAAUACAGAUGCUCAGACUUUUCAGAUUGCAAUUUCUAGCCAGAUGAGACAACACUAUGACAGAAUUCAUGAAACACUAACAAGGAGAAAUGGCCCUGCUAGACUGUUGAGUUCAUCAGCAAGUACUUUUGAGCAGAGUAUAAAAGCAUAUCAUACUAUGAAUAAAUUUCUUGGCUCUUCAUCGAUCAUGUAUGUUCAUAAGGAAAUGGACUACUUUAUAAAAGAUAAAUUGCUUCUUGAAAGAAUUCUUGGAAUGGAGUUCAUGGAACCGAUGGAAAAAAGCAUCUUUUACAAUGAUGAAGGCUAUUCUUUCAGCAGUGUUCUGUAUUAUGGAAAUGAAGCCACUCCUAUUUAUGAUCUGCUCUUCUUCUGUGUUGUGGAUUUGGCUUGCCAAAAUUUUAUUUUAGCAGCUUUCCUUACAUACCUACAACAAGAGAUUUUUAGAUUUAUUCGUAAUACAGUAGGACAGAAGAAUUUGGCAUCCAAAACAUUGGUGGAUCAAAGAUUUCUGAUUUAGUUUACUGCCUAAAGACUAAUUUAUAAUCAUGGCAAAAAAGUCAUGAUUAUCAGGUUAGUUUGCCAUAUUUUUAAAGCUUAUAAUAUAGAUUAUUCUAUUUUUAUUUGUUUUUUAAUCUAGAAAAAGAUUUAUUUUUAUAACUUAUAGACACAUAGUGUACUUUGUAAAUAUAUAAUGUGAUAUAAUGGAAAAUAUUUCUUUCCUAUUCUGCAUGGUAUUUAAUUCACCAGCUCAUAAAUAGAUCACUCUGACAGUGGGACCAAAAAAAAAAAAAAAAAAAAAACCCUAAAUGUUGCUUUCAGCAUAACACUUUUAAAUACUCAAAACAGUUCCCAAUCUAGAUUUGCCUAUACUUUCUCACAUUGAAAAAGUUUGAUCCCAAGUUCAAGUCUUGUUUUCAAUUCAGUAUUUUCUUGUUUUAAAUAUUUUAAAUUCAAAUUUUGUUGAAAAUAUUUUCACGUUACUUAGAAAUUUGAAAUUGUAGAUGGGCUGAUUUAGUUUGCCUCAUUUUAAUUGCCUAGCCUGUUUUGCCUCUCUACUUAAUUAAUAGGCAUCAUAUGACAUGGUUUAUUCAUUCCUUUGUAUACUUAUAUUAUUAGGUCAGUAUACUUUUUUCCAUGAAAUAUGUUUAUAUCUCUAAUAUCAUCUACAGUUAUUGAGCUGUAAUGUAUGACAUUUUCCCCAAUACAGUUUUUUAUACAUUUUAAUUAUUUAACAUUUUAAGAGCACUCCCAAAUUUUUGCUCUUCAAUUAUGUUUAAAAAUUGUAAAUAACUAAUCAACUGUAAAUGAUCAUGUUAUGUUAACAAGAUGAUUUAUUGAAAGCAAACUUAGGCUUCAUAAGUUAAUAGCCUUGUAUUUUUUUUAAGUAAGGAAAAAAAUGUGAGGAGCCAAAAUAUAAUUAAUGUAAAUCCUGAGUCAUGUAGCUAGUAAUUUUCCAUAAUAUCAUUUUUUCAAUAUACUCUAAUAAUCCUUUUCUUCGUGCACCAUGAAUUUGAAAGCCACCUUAUUUCAGGUAUAAUGGUCAUUAACCCCCAAACCAAUGUUUCUUACUGCCUUCUAUGUUAAUGCUGUGUAAAUACUUACAUGUAAUGAUAUGUCAGUAUUGUUUAUAUUUCUGAACUGAAAAUAUAGAAUAAAAACUUCCUGUUUGAUUAA